AUGGAAACCUGGUUUUGGAUUCUUGGCUGGUUUCUUUCAUUUGUAACCAUCAUCGGAAAUGGAUUUACAAUCUUCCUCGUUUGCAGCAGACGAAAUCUCCGCACCAAAACCAACGCGUUUAUUGUUUCACUUGCAGUAGCGGAUUUCUGUUUUGGUUUGAGCGUUAUUCCUUCUCUGUUCGCAUGUGACGUUACAAACACCUGCGACUGGCCUCGACAUUUGCUGUCUUGGGUGAAUAUUAUAAGGUGGUUGUUUAGUAACACGUCUGUUGUAAACUUAUGCGUCUUAGUACUGGAUCGUUUUAUUGCCAUCGUCCAUCCUCUAAAAUACAUUACUUUGAUGACUCGCCGUCGAAUUAUUCAAGUUGUUUUCUUCUCUUGGGUUCUAACAGUUAGUUAUAAUGCGCUACAAAAUACCCUUUGUAUUGUUUUAUAUCAAAACAAGCCCUGUCCUUUUGCAACUUGGCUGAACAUGAUAGUUUUCGCGAUUCUUCCAUGUGUUAUACUGAUACUCUGCUUUGUAUCAAUGAUAUUUCAUGUAUGCAGACAUGAUCGGUCAGCACGCACCUUAGCAAAACAGUUACGUUUUAACCAUCAGAUGUCUUUUAAAACCCAUCACGAGAAGUCUGCAGUAAUAAUGAUGGGUAUUGUGAUAGGAGUGUUUCUUGUUUGCUAUGGGAUGUAUCUGCGUUGUGGUUUUCUAUUGCUAUCCUCAUCGCCCUGCAGUGAUAAAAACUACAAAAUUCCUGUCUUUGUUUUAAACUCGGCCAUUAACCCGCUAGCUUAUGCCUUUUGUAAAAGAGACAUAAAGAAAGAGUUUAGAAGACUAAUCGGUCAGGUGGUUUUUAAGAAAAGUAACCAAGUAGUAUAGAGCCUUUCACUCAUCGUUAGAUCAUUUUUGAAGGACAGAGAUCUCAAUAUUAGGGUUGGCAGAACUGCCUUUGAUAGCGGAUUGUAUCAGGCAUCGCCGGCUGCAGUUUUGGGUCCGGCAAAGAGUUUAAAGGACUUGUUGAGUUUAAAAGACUUGUUGGCGCUGUGUUUUAAAGAAAAUACAUCAAUUUUAACUAAACCCUACCACAGGUCGACGUGUGACUCAAUUUUGGAGGAUGUAGGACUUAAAAGACGAUGAAAGGCUUGAGAAGAGACUGCCAUGCAGAUAGAUCUGUGACUCUUGACUGAAAGCGCAUUGGAAUUGGGAAAGAAAAAAACAGGCGUAUGAGGAGAGAAAACAAGAACCUUUGGACCCUAAGAGAAUGUAAAAUAUUAGGGAAAGGACUUAGGAUUCACACGGUGGUGGGAAGCGAAAGUUCUUAUCAGAUGGAACCUUUAAUAUCACAUCUUGAGACUAUAAUUUUAUGUUCACAUCCUGCUAGCAGACACUUGGUUUCGCUUUCUCCAUUUUGGCGCACCGUUAAAAAAGAAAUAUUCUGCAUGAAUCGAGAAUCGAGUAAGAUCAUUUUUGAGCAUGUGAAUUAAGUAGUAGUUUAUUUAUCUUCCAAAUGCAAAUUAUUCCGAUCAAUUUAGCUCAGCCUGAAUGAAAUGUUUAAGAACGUUAGUACGAUCUGCAUCGACUGCAUACAGGAGUGGUCUUAUUUCUCGUGACGUGAAAGGCCAUCGGUUUCUUUAGCAAACAAGUUUCCAAGCUGUUUCUUUGCGUUGAGUUUAACUUCUUGUAGCAUCUCAUAUAUAUGUAUUUUUUUGACAUUCAUGCAAUUUUACUUACUCGCAUUUGAUUGGAUAGCGAAAACGAAAAUAACUUCUAAUAAAUUGCUGUCUAACUUUUGCCGUAAUUUGUAACACCUGUCGCAGUUUCUAAUAAAGAACUGUCACAAAUAAGAAUACAAUGAUCUCGCAAAUAUUUAGUGAACCAAGUUGACAAUAAAUUGCAGUAAAGGAAUAACUCACGUGACUGACUUUGUCCCGUUUGACAGACAGAUGUUUUAGCGCCAUUGCCACGUGACGGUCCACAUUUUCUCUCUAGCUCUUGCUAACAUAGGAAUACGUUCAUUUGCUAAAUGUGACCCUGCUUUUUACGCAAAAGCGUUAUUGCGGGCGACAAGAGGAGCCUGCAAUCCUAAUAUCCAGGUUGUUAUUACGCAUGCGUCGCAUUUAUGCAACCAGCAUGAGUUUGGACUUCCACUAAGAGUGAAUGGAACGCACAGAACGCAAUUUGAUCACGCGCGUCUCGACCUUCUGCACCUCGUAAUCUGAUCACGCGUGUUUUGAAUAUAUGUCACGUGAAACUUACGCAAAGCACAGCGAUGGAACAAAAGCGUUUAGACCUUCGAUCUUUGUCGUACACACUCCCUAACCUUUGGUUAUUACUAGUUACUAGUUAUUUCGGAUACAUGGCAUGCAUGUAGCCAGCAUUCGUUUCGACUUCCACAAAGAAUGAAUCGAAUAUACAGAAGGCAAUUUGAUCACGCGUGUUUGGAUCUUCUAUCACUCGUAAUCUGAUCACGCGUGUUUUGACUAUCUCUCACGUGAAACGCACGUAAAGCACACUUGAGCACAGUGAUGGAGAAAAAGCGUUUUAACCUUCGAUCGUUGCCGCCCGCACUCAGUAACCUUUAGUUAUUACUAGUUUAUAAUCUAUGGUUGAUAAGAACUUCCUUUAACUGUUAAUACGGAUGGAGAGCUGGUUUUGGUUUCUCGACUGGUUUCUUUUAUUACUGACCAUCACUGGAAAUAAAUUGACAAUCUUCCUCGGCUCAUUUGCAGCAGACGAAAUCCCCGCACCAAAACCAAUGCGAUUAUUGCCGGUUUCUCUAUCCGUGGCAGAUUUCUGUGUUGUAGUUGAGCGUAACUCCUUCUCUAUUUUUCAGCGACAUUACGGCAAAAACGCCUGCUACUUGCCUCAACAUUUGCUAUCUUGGGUGAGUUUUAUAAGGUGGCUUCUAUAGGAACACUUCGGUUGGAAACUUACACAGUUUAGAACUAGCUAGAUCGUUUGAUUGCUAUUGUCUAUCCUCUAAAGUGCGUUUCCUUAAUUUAUGACUCGUCGUCGAAUAUAUCCGUUAGCUAUUUUCUUCUUUUGGACUAUAACAUUUGGUUUUGUGGUGUUUCAGUUUUCAUAUUUUCGUUUUAG